UGGAUUUUCCAUAUGGCCACACAAUCAGCUGUUGUUCUGCCCGAAACAAUUGUCAAAAAUUAGCGGAAGCGUCUAAAUAAAUUUGCGAAAUGCUUUUCUACUCAUUCUUCAAAUCCCUUGUGGGCAAAGACGUUGUGGUCGAGCUAAAAAAUGACUUGAGCAUAUGCGGCACAUUGCACUCUGUGGACCAAUACUUGAAUAUCAAAUUGACUGAUAUUAAUGUGACAGAUCCCGAUAAAUACCCGCAUAUGUUAUCUGUGAAAAAUUGCUUCAUACGCGGCUCCGUCGUGCGGUACGUACAACUGCCAGGUGACGAGGUGGACACACAAUUGUUGCAGGACGCGGCACGCAAAGAGGCUGUAGUGAGCACGAGAUAAAAUAAAUACAUUUCCAAUGUAGUUUAUAAACACAAGUAUAUGUAUAUCGGUUCAAUAAUAUUUAAAGUGCAUAAUUUUGUAA